AUGAAAUACUGGUUACUAUUAUUUUUCGCAUUGGUGGCGACUCAUGCCGCAGCGGAUGACCUGUCUGAUUUCUCUAAUGACCUCGCCACUGAUGUUGGCCCCCUUCUGGUCCUUUUCGGCGAGUCGAUGACUCGCCAAUAUCUUAGCGAAAGUACAUCAUUCCUCGACUAUCUCAUUUUCGCCAUGGCGCCGAUUGGGAUUCUUACUGCUAUCACAUCAGUAAUUCGAGUCUGUGGUCAUUCUACUCUUCGAGCCUUUAUCGGCCGGUCUCAGGAAGGCGACGGAGUUGUCGAAGCAGAGCUAUGUACGUCUACUAGCCGAGACGUUUGCGAGCUAUUCAACAAGGGUGGUAUCACUCGUGUCCUCGGCCGGCCACAAAUCUUGGAACUGAUACAUAUCAAGAACCCUGGUCGGGAGGAUGAACUUCACCUCUUCCGUCACCUCCUGGAGCGCACGAAAUAUUCAAUGACUGAAGAAUGGAUAAAAGAUGAGAGGUACAUUCCUGUUAUAGGUUAUGUAUCUGAUCACUCGUCUUCAAAACAUACACAGUUUGCUCCGAUGCCCAAUCUAUCCUUGAAUGUUGGCAUAAAAAGGCGGCCGAGAUGGGUGUUUGUCGCUAUUGCUCUCCUCGGAUUCAUACUUCAAGGCGGAGUCCUCACUCUAGCUGGAGUUGGCGUUUGGAUGCUUGGAUGGAAUCUCAGCGACUCUGGAUCGUCAGCCUCGAAAAACUAUGCUCCAAUCAUGUUUAUUACUGGUACGAUUGUUAUGUGUGGUGGUAUGUUCUCGUGCGCUGCUCUGAUCGGUCAAACUACACGGGAAGUUCGUUACUCACGUGAACCUGGAACGCCACGAAGCCGUCUUCUAUGGUUGCAGCCGGGACCUCAAGUUAUCGGUGACCAAAGCUUCGAUGCUUUCGCACAUUUCGAAAACAUCGAAGACGAGCCCCUACCAGUUUGGACAUCUUCAAGAAAGGAUUUCAAUGAACGCUUCGAACUUUAUACAUUCUUUGCUGUUACGGCUGUUCUCCUUGGUUACAUAUCUCAAUUCAUUGGACUUCGCGGAAUGAAGGCUUGGGUGUCUCUAGCACAGUUGGGCAUCACAAUCAUCAUGAGUAUCUUUAGAGGUUUGUUACGUGUACAACGUCUUGGACGAGACGCCAACAAGCUCGGAAAAAUGCCAGAUAUGAUCGCUGGACAUGAGUUGGAUUGGAUAGCUUUCGAACUUGCUCUAGGAAACUCGAUCGGGGAUACUUCCUUUUGCUUUACUGGCAAUUACAAUAAACUCGACCCGCCAUAUAGCGUUUCAAUUCCUGAAAGUGCGGCUACAAGCCUUUAUGAGAAUCAGAUCGACUUUGAAAAGGUUCUCCAAAUUCGAAAGAGGCUAUCCUAUCUAACAGGUCACGAUCCCACUCGCGCCAACAACAAGGAAGUUCAACAGUGGGAACGCUCCCAAAUCAAAGCACGCGAACCAGCCCAACGACUCGCUGCUGCGAUAUGUAAAGUUGCCGAGAAGCUUAUUCGAAAAAAGACCAUAAAGGGCAAGAUUACUAUUCAGGUUGAGAUCAGGGCAAGUGCCGGCAAUGGGGACAAGCAUGAGGAGAAGAUGAUUGAUGUUGUUUUGACACCACCCAGUGGAUCGCAAACGAAAUGGUAUGUUGAUUCAUCUCGUUUAGAAGCGAUCCUGGGGUUGUCGAUGUGGUCUCUUGUCUCCGCCAAAGAUCUCCACGAUGUAGAUCAGACCGGAAACACAAUCUCCCUCUUCGAAAAUGUUCAAUGGAGAAGACUCGUCUAUUACACACUUGUAGACGAACAGCAUUUUGCAGACCCAUCAACAUACGCCGAGCCAUGGAGUGACGUAAGUAUAUGGUUCGGCCCCGAUGCAGGAAGACUAUACCACGAUCGCAUCAGGAUAGAAACAAAUUCUAUCAAUGUUCCCACUCGUUUCCUCAUGAACCCUAGGAUCCCUUUUUGGUAUCAGAUAUGUGGAUGGAACACCGUUUAUGACUCAUUGCAGUCCAAACUAGUUUUGGAUCCUGCAAACAGCUACACUGAUGCUACUACACUUAUGGUUGCAUUAGCCCCGACAGAGGACUCACGUCUACAAAUCUGCGCCCAGGACCUCUUUCUGGCAAUUAUCUCUCCAUUGCUUGACAUAUUAGUCACUGGAGAAACGGAAAUACUUGAGAGUGACGGACAUGUUCUAUUGCAGAACUCAACUGUCACUGCUGUCUCUGAUAUACUUGUCGAAAGCAAUCUGGCUACGCGAUUUGAAGCCUUAUCUUGUGCUGUUUCCCUGCUAUCUGCUAGAAUUCAACCUGAUCAGGACACCUUUCUUUCUGAUCUUACUGAGACUGCUAAUACCUACCGUCGAAGCGCAGAAUGGGAAAGGGGGGAGACUCUCAUGCGAUGGGCAUGCUCCAAACUUCUCAAGCCUGGUUACAAAGUUGCAGUUGAACUAUUCUACCAAUAUGGACAGGGAAUAUUGGAAGAGGAACUAAUAAACUACGAUGCUAUUCUAUCGUCGACUGAUUCACUUAACCGGUUUCUUAGAGUACUUCAAGCUACAGGAGAGUUUUACCGCUGGUCCUGCGCUCAGAGGUCCAACAAGGGAAGGCUAGAGUUCGGCCUCGAAGGAAUCGAAUGGAUGCUUACAACUUUCGACGAGCUCUCAACACGAAGCCCAGAAGUUAGGGAGAUUUUAAAUAAUUAUGAACAUGUCGCAAACCUGAUGAAAUCUAGCGAUUCAAGCGACUGGCUUCCGCAGAAUCUUCCCGAAAGCGUUGGUACCGCUAACCAACACCCUCUUGUGGAAGCGAUUCGUGAUGAUGAUAGGAAGAUGACAUUAUGGCAUCUAUGUUUUACAGCCACUGGAGACUUUGAUCGUCAUCAACUACAUCCGGCUCUUCCCUUGGCUGCACGAAACGGUUGGUCUGAGGUCGUCAAUGCCAUUUUGGAGAUGAAUGGAGAUUUGGACUGCAAAGACGUAGAUGGCAGGACUGCGAUUUCCUACUGUGCAGAGCAUGGCCAUUUGUCGCUUUUACAACAUUUUGUCAGUCUUGGUGCCUCAAUAAACUCUGAAGAUAAUGAUGGUCGGACACCAAUCCUUUAUGCAGUCAAAUGA